CCCUGAACCGCUCAGUGACAGAAAAACCCAUGGACAGGUGCCUGAUGGGAUGUUUGUGGAUCAAUGGGAGGAGGUGCUCACAUCCUGGAAGCAUUUUUACUUUCUCCUGAGGAAGACAAAAACAAGAUUGUGUUAUCUGUGCCAUCAAUGCCACCUCAAUGUGGGUACCUGAGGAACUGGUUCCUUUUGCACUUCUGCUGUGCUGUGUGGAAGCAAGUGUUCCUGAAUGUGACCCAGAUUAUAUUUUCCUCCAAGAUGAAAUUAAUUGUCAGGACCUGCUGAAGACCAACAAGACCUCAAACCAAGCCUGUGGGGGUUGGUGGGACCUUCUAAACUGCUGGCCCCAUGCUGCCGUUGGAGAAGUUGUAUCUCAGCCCUGUCCCAGAUUCCUGCACACCACAGGGAGAGUGUUCAGGAACUGUACAGAGCACGGUUGGACUGAUUCCUACCCUCCACAUGAGAUAGCGUGCAAUUAUGGCUUCAACGAAAGUCUUCCUUUGGAGAUACUCAGGUCUCAGAUGUACUUCAUUUACGUGAAGAUGAUGUACUCAGUGGGCUAUGCCAUUUCACUGACCUCCCUCACUAUCGCUGUUGGAAUUCUCUGUCUGUUCAGGAGACUUCAUUGCAAACGCAAUUUGAUUCAUAUUCAGCUCUUCCUUUCCUUCAUCCUCCGAGCAGUGCUCAUCUUCAUCAGAGACUCCGUCCUUUUCUCAUCUGAGGAUCAUUUUCACUGUGACAUCUAUCCGGUGAGUUGUAAAGUUGUAACAGCACUAUCUAACUACUGCAUCAUGGCUAACUACAGCUGGCUGCUGGCUGAGGGACACUUCUUGUACUGCCUGGUCAGUGUGUCGCUGUUGUCCCGGAGAAGAAACGUGGUAUGGUGGUACAUCGUCCUCGGCUGGGGUUCUCCGAUGAUUAUUAUAAUUGGCUGGAGUUGGGCCAGAUACGUUUAUGAAGAUGAAGGAUGUUGGGAGACGAGGACGAACGAGUGGAUCUGGUGGAUUCUGAGAGUUCCUGUUCUGAUCUUCAUUUUGGUGAACUUGUUAUUUUUCUUGUGCAUUUUAAGAAUACUGCUGGCAAAGCUUCGGGCACAAGACGUGCCUGGCAGUGAGUUUAACCACUACAGGAAGCUCGUGAAGUCAACAUUUCUCCUGGUGUCCCUCUUUGGUUUACACUACAUCCUCUUUGCUUUCCUUCCACACAAAGUCAAUGUCAAAUCCUACAAAAUCUGGAACUUUGUUGAGCUGGCUUUAGCCUCCACUCAGGGUUUUGUUGUUGCAGUUUUGUACUGUUUUCGUAAUGGAGAGGUGCGGAAUGAAAUCCAGAGGAGGUGGCAGAGAUGGACGCUGAACCAACAUCUGCAGGUGGAGCCCAGGAGACAGUGUUGCUCCUUGAGCCAGAGUGGAGGAGGUCAAACCAAUGACACUGUGCUAGUCCUGACACCUGUACCACCAGAGUCUGGUCUGGUUUAACAGCAAGUGCUAUCAUCAUCUGAAGUCAAUUUAUAGACGAAUGGUUCUGGUCCAAAAGUGGCAACUGCACAAUAUGAUCACUGCAAUUCUUUUUCUUUUCUAAUAUGAAAAUAGGACAACCUCUGAACUGAUGGAGACACAUUCAGAGCCUGUGAGGCAUACAUACAGUACAAAGGAAACUACACAAGAGAAAUGAAGCAUUUUUAUUUUGGGUAGGAGAAAAAAAGCCUUGAUACGAGCGAAGCAACGUGCAAGCACCACAAACUCGCUCGUGGCACAGGGAGUCCCAAACAGGAAGUGCCAAAUUUUGAGUGCACAGUGAAACAGGAAAUGUCAAGUGUUGAACAAUUCCUGGAGCUACAGCAGAGGAUAUUAACGUGUUUUUCAUUAUGUUGUUUAUCCUCUGUAAGGUUUUUGUGUAACUUUUUAUUUGUCUCAAUUUUAAAAAAGAAAAUAAAAAUUUAAAAAAAGGUAGUAGAUCUCGCAUGAAUAGAGGAUAUCUCAUGGGAAUUCAAUGGAAAGUCAACACUGAAACAGGAAAUGCUAAAUGUUCAGUCGACAUUGAAUCUGGGAACACUAAAGUCAGAGGCAGCACGCACCUUGACAACACAUGAGGUCAGUCAGUGACUAUUUAGUGUGUAAAUUGCAUGAAGGUUUUUAGCCAUGCUAAUGCUCCCCAAAAGCAUUUACUGAAAAAAAAGAAAAGGCUGAAGGACCUAAAUGAUAUGGUGAGAUGCUGAGGAACUUCCAGGCAUGUGAUAGGCAAAUAAAGAAAAAUGUUUAAAAUGGCAGGGUGUCAAGAGGGCUGUAAUUUGGGGGUCUGCAGAAGGGUUUUCGCCAAUCCAGAGUUCAAAUUCAAUUACUGGUCAGAACAAAGUGAAAAUGUAGUAGCACUUUCAUUCAGCAGAGGGGCCGAUGUGUUGGAGACCUGUUCUGAGACAACUUUUUCAACAGCCACAUGAAAAAAAUAAUGGCAGACUGAACUGAUGAUUAUUUAUUUAAAGGAGCAACAGCCAAAGAGUUCAAAAAUUAAGGAUGGAGCAAGUCUGUACUUGCAUGUUUAAAGGUUCACAAUUAAACACCUGUAGCGCUGAAGCAAGAAGUACAAGCACCUUGAAGCUACUUCGCAACAUUCUGCUCUGAUCAGUGUGGCUCAAUGUCAUGGUUUCCACUUUUCACUCAAGGACAGCAAAUAUUAAUCCAAGAUGUUAAAAAGAGUUCCAUGCAUGACGUACCAUGGCAAAUGUGAUUUAUCACCACACGUAUUCAAUUACCAAAUACAUAGUUUGGUUCUCCUGGGACAAAAGAAAAACUAAAAAAAAAAAAGGCAG